AUGCAUGUCCUCCAUUCCAAAGGUCAGACUCCAGAGACAAAAGAUGCCGAUUCCAAAAGCCAGACACACUUGUUGUUUCAACGUAAAGCAAAACCGCUUACUCCUUCCGUAUGGGCUGAGAUGAGCCAUUCACAGAAAAACAAUUACAGAAAACGGCGUCGUGCGCUCUUCGAAAAGUUCAAGGCGUCAACGUCAGCCGAAGGAGAGGUUGCACUCCCCGAAGCAGUAAAGUUGGAAGCGGAGCGGGUUGAAACAGCACCGUUAGAGGGGGCAUUGCCGGAGGCCGCACCAUCAGAGGCCGCACCGUCAGAGGCAGCACGGGUGGAGGCAGAAAAAAUCAAGGCCUUACAACAAAAGGUGAUUGCAGCGGAUAUGCAAGCCAAACGGGAAAGAAAGGCCAGAAUCCAGGAGGAAAAACGACUGGCCGAUGCCAAAAUUCGGGCUCAAAUAUCGCAGAAGGAAAAAGAAAGUGAACCCGAAGCCGUUGUUCCAACAGACGGCCCAGUAGAUACGCCAGCAGCCAGUGAACCCAAGAAGAGCACGCUUGAAUUGAGGUCCACUAGCAAUGUGGUGGCUCAAAUACUGGAAACCAGCUCCAAGAACGGUGUUACAGCUCCGAAUACGUCAGAGAAUCAGGAGAAAGAGAAGGAGAAGGAAGAAGAAGAGGAGGAAGUCCUUGAUUUUCUCAAGGACUAUAUUAUAUCUAAGGAACGCGGGCGUCUUUCCACAAAGGACGGAAACCUGCGCUUAAAAGAGGUGCAUGUCCCCAUGCCUCCUGUCCCACGCGUCGCUUUUGGUCUCGACCGAGUGCUUUUCAAUCCCGGUGUCUACCAGCUACGUGACCCUCGAUCUCAUGUAUACAAUUUCGACCCCUACCUCGACCAGAUCAUGCCCGUGACGGAAUUUGACUUUGGUACGUUGAAGCCAUAUGUCACAUCCUCUCAAGAUGUGACGGCUUGCGAAAUAACCAAGAAAAAUGAAAAGAAGUACUACGGCUCGUCGUCAAGCAUGACUUCAGUUCUCGCUCAUUUCCAUUAUCUUCUGUCCGCGUGGCGGCCUGUCGACACCAGCAAGAUUACUCAGGGUUUCGAUGAGCCUUUGCGGACCUUCACCCGUCUUCUUCGAGCGCCGACUGCCAUGUUCCUCCGUUAUAAUGAGAAGGAGGAUAUUUACGCCAUUGAUGCCGACAAGGAAUACGACUACGCUAAUAUUCUUAUGAACCUGGGCAAGUCAAUGGAGAAGCAACUCACGAUGCCCAAAGAACAGUUUGAGCGCUAUCGCCGCAGCGAUGCAAACAAGAUCACUGCCGAGGAAGAAGCAGCGACCCCAGAGUCAUACCACUACAGCACUGUGGGCAAUUUCCUCAUGCGAUCCCAACUCGACGCAUACGAUCCCAGACUACCAGGUACCGGCAUGUUCGACUUGAAAACACGAGCAGUGGUUUCGAUCCGCAUGGAAUCCAUCGAGCACGAGCGCGGAAUGGGCUACGAGAUCAGACGCCGCUACGGCAAGUGGGAGUCCUACGAACGCGAAUACUUCGACAUGAUCCGCGCCGCGUUCCUCAAGUAUUCCCUACAGGUCCGCGUUGGCCGCAUGGACGGCAUCUUCGUCGCGUACCACAACAUCGAGCGCAUCUUCGGUUUCCAAUACAUCCCUCUCGAGGAGAUGGAUCAGGCUUUGCACGGCUCGCCCAACACCGCACUCGGAGACAGAGAAUUCGAACUGAGUCUCGGUCUGUGGGAGAAGAUCCUCGACAAGGCAACAAAGAAGUAUCCCAAGAAGUCUCUACGUUUCCACUUCGAGACUCGCGAAGAUAAUGUACCGUACAUGAACAUCAUCGCGCAGCCGGUCACGGAUGAGGAAAUCGAGGCCAUCCAAACAAAGAACAAAGCCCACAUCGAUGCCAUCCAGGACCGUCUACUCAACCCGGAUGAAUUCAUAGACCGGAGCGCGAAGGCAGCCGCGGACGUGCCACUUGAUGAGCUCGAGGAGGAUUUUAAAGUAUCAGUCGAAAAUGAAGCCAUCUACCCAGACGAAGAGCCAACCGAAGCCGAACCCAAGUCUUUCCUUCCAAAUGACUCAAUCGAAGCCGAAGUCUUUGCAGAGGGUGGAUUUGCCGAAGCUCAACCCGAACCCGAACUCGAACCCGUCUCUCUAAAGGAGGAUCCCUCGGCAGAAUCCCUGGCGGAAUCCCUGGCGGAUUCCCUCUUCCCGGUAGAAGAAGGCGAGGAGCCAACCGAAGCCGAGAAGACCGAGUACGACCCCUCCUUCGAGCUCUCCCAGAUCCCGGAACCCCCGGUCGAACCGACCAAAAACGUCCCCACGCGCAUUCCCGCCAAGUUUGACGACUACGACGAGAACGCGUUCGGGAUGACACUUGUGGUGAAGAAUAGGGUGAACGACGUUCCCGUGCUGCGGCCGACAUGGUUCACCGAAAACGAUAGGUGGACUAUUGACUACGAGCUCAACGAGCUUACUGUGGAUGAGAGUAACUAUAUUCUGCGGGCGUGCAAGAAACGUCGCAAUAUCGCGUUGCGAAGGAAUGUGCAGGAUCAUGGACACUAUUUCUUUACGACUUUGAAAAGGCUGACUGAUAAAGGUCGGUCUUGGCGGAAGCGGAUGGAUGAGAAGGAUCGCCAGCAUGGGAUUCUUGUUUAUAAGGAUUCUAGUAAGAUGUGA